UUGAGGACUAGACUACGUUACAUAUGAGGACUGUAACAGAGUUUAUUAAUGUGUCCAUACUCCAAAGAGCUGUAUUAAUAUUGCCAAUACCAUUUUAUUUUAUUUGCGUGAGUCAGCCAUUAAUUAUCAUUUAUGUGUGAAUUAUAUCUUGAUUAGUUGGAUGUGAAUUAAUAUAAAUCAUUGCAAAAUGUCAUGUCUAGUCCGAUAAUUGUAACACAACUAGUCCUAUAAUAGUAUCCACGCCUUUAAAGGUUGUUUAUAAUUCUUUGUAAACGUUAUAGGCGUGAUUGUGUAAAGUAUUAUUAUACCACAGUUUGUAUUAUUCUAUUGGAUGUAUCUCAGAUUUCAAUAAGUCCAGUCAGAACAGUCUAAUACCAACAGCUUCCAUGCAUUAUAGCCUUAACUUUUUAAAAAGACCUUUAACAUGUAAAUCAUUUACUAUGAAACAUGCUUUAAACAAUUAUAAACCAAAGAAAUAUAUAGCACUGCUUUUGAUUAAUGAAUAAAAGAAUAAGCAUCGCCAAAACAUGUGCAAGUUACACAUAUUUAUUAGGGGAAAACUAUUCACGUUGCUUAAAAUUUGCAUAUGAGAGUAGCAGUUUGAUGUUUAAAAAAGUUGAAUAUUUUUCGGAAUGGUGAUAAAAUUAUUAACUAGGCGGGAACGAGCUUCCAACGAUUAAAAUCAAUAAAAUAACUGUAAAAUGAAGGUUGUUUGAUUAAAACAGAUGGCUAAAUAUAAAUAUAAGUGGUAAUAGUUAAAAUAUAGAGCGUUUAUGAAGUUUUUUACUUUUCUAACGCAAAAAAAAAAACGAAACGAGAAACUAAUUCUCAUAUGAGACUUAUUUGUUUCUUAAACAAACAUUUAGAUAAACUAAACUUAAGAUCCUAUGAUUUGUAUUGUUAAUUACAUAAGAUGAUACAACGUUAGUUAUUUUAGAUAGUGAAACUUUUGUGAAAAGAGAGGACAGUCAUCUUCUUUGAAACAUGUAUGCUAUUUUAUAAAACGUGGAAAUCAAAAUAAAAUGCAUUAUCCAUUUAAUUUCGUAGAUAGGAAUCUAUUGGGGACCGGGAGGAGAUCGUUGACACGGUGUAAUUAGAUUGUUUAUAGGGCAAACAAGUUCAACGGCCACAAAUGGUCAACUUUUCAUGAUGAACAUGAUGUCUCCAUUGAGCGGGUAAUCUAACGGUCCAAAGUGAAAACUUAACUCGUGCUCCAUCGUCCCCUCUAUAUAUAAACCUCUGCUCAAUUACUCUCUCCUCGGAAGAGAAAGCUGUCAAAGAAGUUUUCAUUUAAUGGCGGAAGAGAAGAGCUUCAACUUCAAGUACGUAAUCUUCGGAGCUGAUGUAUCUGCCGGUUAUGCGGCUAGAGAAUUUGCCAGGCAGGGCCUGAAGCAUGGCGAACUAGCAAUUAUAUCCAAUGAACCAGCAAGUAACAAAAUAUUUGGACUUGGAGAUACUGACUUAGAGUGUAUUGAAUUGAUUCUAAGCACAGAGAUCAUCAAAGCAGAUCUUUCCACGAAGAGUCUUUUCAGUACUGAUGGAACAAUCUUCAAAUACCAAACUAUGAUAGUUGCAACUGGCUCUACCUGUGUAAGAAUGUCAGAAUGUGGUUUCCAAGAUACAAAUGCUAAAAACAUCUUCUACCUAAGAGACAUCAAGGAUGUUGAUCAGCUCGCGUUGACAAUGGAACCAAAGAAGAAGAGAAAGGUGGUGGUUAUUGGCGGCGGAUGCAGAGGAUUUGAGAUCAGUGCUUCACUAACGGUUAACAACUAUGAGGUCACCAUGGUUUUUCCAGAACCUUGGAUUAUGCAUUGGCUUUUCAGCGCUGAGAUCGCUUCUUUCUACGAGGGUUACUAUGCUAACAAGGGAAUAAAGAUCAUCAAGAGUACUAAAGCCACUGGACUCAGUACCAACUCAAACGGGGAGGUGACAGAAGUGAAACUAGAUGAUGGUAGAGCCCUAGAAGCUGACGUGGUGCUCCUUGAUGGUGGUGGUAGACCGAUGACAUCACUUUUCAGAGGUCAGGUAGUAGAGGAGAAGGGUGGACUAAAGACUAAUGGAUUCUUCAAAACAAGCGUAUCCAGUGUAUACGCCAUUGGAGAUGUAGCUACAUUCCCUAUGAAACUCUAUGGCGACAUGAGACGUGUAGAACACGUUAACCAUGCUUUCAAAUCCGCUGAACAGGCCGUCAUGGCAAUCAAGGCGGCAGAGGAAGGGAGAUCAAUCCAAGAGUAUGACUAUCUACCUUUCUUCAACUCUCGAGCCUUUGAUCUCUCGUGGCAAUUCUAUGGAGACAACGUUGGACAAUCUGUAAUAUUUGGAGACAACGAUCCGAACUCUCCAAAGGCAAAGUUUGGGACUUAUUGGGUUAAAGAUGGGAAAGUGGUGGGAGCAUUUCUGGAAGGAGGAGUUGUGGAAGAGAACAAGGCAAUUGCUAGAGUUGCAAGGACACAACCUUCAGUUGGUAGCCUUGAGGUGUUGUCCAACGUUGGAGAGUUGCUUAUUGGAUCAAGGGUCAAUAGAAAUAGGGUCUUAGUUUCCUGCCAUAUUUAAUAACAUAUAUGUUUAUUUCAGAGUGUUACAAAAAAAAAAAGUUUCUCCAAGAGUAUUAAUACUCUUGUUUGAUCAUACAAUAUCUUUUUUUUUUUUGUCAACAAUUUUAUUUCAUAUCCAACUCAAAGCAGAGUACUUGAAAUACAAAGUCUGGGUACAACACCCUUUGCAAAAGCAACAGCUAAACAUAAUGCUGUGCGUAGAUUAUAAACACAUGAUAACAGAAUGAAGAGAGAAACAAGGUUUUUGAAGCUCAAGAAACCUGUAAUCUCAUUCAAGUCCAUCCCUAAGCGCAGGGAAGAGAAGAGGACGAUUGAGUCCGGAAGAAUCUGAAGUCUUGAGAGUCCAGUUGAUAUUGCUGGUUGAGAGGCUUUGUGAAAUCAUCACCGCUUUGACGACGUGUCUAGAGCCCACACAUACUCUACUCAAUAAGCGAUGGAGGACACGGCCUUGCAUCCACAUUCCCUUCACCGGGCAAAUCUGAAAGUAACCAAUUGGGAAAGACCCAGCUACAAGCUCAAAGGCGACCAAACACCUCUUUGAAGAGACUGAGAGCUGUGAGGAGAACCACCAUAGCCUAGACACGCCUGAGAUAAGUGAAACCAUGUCCACAGAGACAGCAGUCCAAAUAAAAUCCUCACACUGAGGUAACAAAGUA